UAGCAGACAGCAAAUCAACAUGUUUCUGUCAAAUACUUGAUAAUGACACGCAAUAAACCACGUAAAUUACAUCAGUGUGUACAAUUAAAUGUCAAGAAUGAAGUUCAUAAGUCUAGUCCUCGGAGUUUUGGUCUUUUUCGGAAUCAUACUUUCAUUAUUUUUUGACUUUCUAAACCCAGACAGUCUGUCGGAUGAAGACGAUUCUCAAGUUUAUCAAAACCAAGUUGAAACAGGUCAAAGUUUAAGUGACGAAAACAAGAAUUUGUUCUGGUUUAUUCAGAUAACAGAUUUACAUAUAAGUAAAUUUAAAGAUUUUCAGCGUGGUCCAGAUUUAAUAGAAUUUUGUAAAAGUCAACUGAGUAUAAUAAAACCAGAGUUGGUUAUCACAACAGGUGAUUUGGUUGAUGCCAAGCUUCCAGACUUUGUUUCUUCUACACAGUUUAUAGAAGAAUGGAUGGAAUAUAAAAAAAUAUUACAAAUAUGUGAAGAAUAUACCACAGCUAAAUGGCUGGAUAUCCGAGGAAAUCAUGAUGCAUUUGAUGUUCCGGAUUUAGAAAGUCCUAGAAAUUAUUACAGGGAAUAUUCAAAACAAGGUCCCAAUCAUUUAACUUCUUAUUCUUAUACACAUACUACCAAAUAUGGUAAAUACUCGUUUAUUGGAGUGGAUGCAUGUCCUGAUCCUGGACCUAAACGACCAUUUAAUUUCUUUGGUCAGCUAAACACGGACAAAUUAAAUGAUUUAGCUAAAUUAUCUGAAGAGAAGAAUGACAGUAAUUUAACUAUUUGGUUUGGUCAUUAUCCAACGUCUGUAAUAGUAGAAGAUCCUCCAGGAAUUAAACAUGUCAUGAGAAAGGGUGUAGUUUAUUUAUGUGGUCAUCUGCAUACACUAUUAGGUUUAGUACCAUCUAUGUAUACAAGACAGAAAACUGGAACACUAGAGUUAGAACUUGGUGACUGGAGAGAUAAUAGGAUGUUUAGAUUGUUAGCUGUUGAUAAUGAUUUGUUAUCAUUUGUUGAUAUGAAAAUAUCUCAUUGGCCAGUGGUAUUAAUAACUAAUCCUAAAAACUCUCAAUUUCAAAAUGCCAGACAUGAACCAUUAGACAUAAUGAAAACAUCGACUCAUAUUAGGUUUUUAGUAUUUAGUAAUGGUGAUAUUACAUCCGCAAUAGUUAGUAUAGAUGAUAAAAAGUUAGGUUCUGCUCAAAAUGCAGAUGGUCCUUUAUAUACCAUAGCUUGGGAUCCAUCACAAUAUACCAAAGAUAUGCAUAUUAUACAUAUUGUUGUUACGGAUUCUCUGGGCAAUAAGAGAGAAGUAAAACAACCAUUUUCUUUAGAUGGAAGAACAACAGCAGGGUUUGGUUUACUGCCUCGACUAAUAUUGAUGUUGAAUAUAUCAGUAGUGGGUAAAAUGUGGUUUGGGGGUUUUGUUUUCUUUUUAACAUUUUUCCUGACAUCUCUACGUCAAUGUGGUAAUAUAAGACGAUACUUCUUAGAAGGAGAAGGGAAAAUAUGUUAUUUAUUUAAUAUUUGGAUAUAUAAAUUAUGGUUGACAUCUAGAACAAAUUUUACAUAUUACGCUACAAUAGGAUUCAUUCUUUAUGUUACUUUUGGUCCAUGGUUUAUAGGUGAUCUAUUAGGUGAACAUACAGGAUGUGUAUUUGUAUGGGGGAUAUUUAUUAAAGAUACCUUUUUACCUGCAAGUAUCACCUAUUUCUAUGGAAUAUUUCAGUUGAUGACAUUCAACGUUCCUCUUAUGCUGAUAACAAGUCAUAUAUUAGAUAUCCGAUCUCGACAACGUAGUAGAAACAUCAUUCAAUCCAACACCCACCUUAUCAUUCCAUUUAUAGUACUCUUAGUCUUUCAAUCAUAUUUAACCUACCGAGAAUUUCCAACUGCCUAUGGUACGAAAGCUUUAGUAAUGGGGCCUGUUCGAACUGGCUCAAUAAUUUAUGGGCUUAUUUUGUAUUACUAUGCUCAUCAGAUUAGAAUAAAUGACGGUAAAAAUCCGCCAAGUUGUAGUUCCAGUUGAUGAUGUAGAAUUUUUAAUUAAUCAGAUUUUAAUUGUAAUAUAUUUUAUUCGAAGACUUAUUAAAGUCAUGACCCAUUUUAUAUCUGCAAUGCAGAGCAAUACAUUUUUCACCAUAUUCAUUUAUUUAUUUUACAUGCAAAAAGAUAUGUCAAAAUUUGAUUGCUGGCAAUUAACUCUUGAAUUGAUAUUAAAUCUGGCAACCUAUGGUUUUAAUCAGUUCUAUAAUCCUGCAAGUUUCUUAAAUAUUCACCACUUAUAAUAUUUAUAUGUGUGGAUAUUUGGUGCAAUCAACGAAAACUGACAUGUAAAAGGGUAAGGAUUUGAAAUUGUAUAUAUUUGAAUUUACUACAAAUGUGGAUAUUAUAUGAAAAUUCAAAAAAUAUAAAUACAUGUAAUAUACCAUACCAGUUGAUAUUAAUGGUCUUUAUAUCUGUUUUUAUUGCAUGAAAUGUGUACAUAUAUCUUAAAUUAUUUAUUUCUUGUUUCUAAAAUGUGAUGGAUGUCUGUGGGACAACUGGUUUGUAUAAAAAAAGCAUUCUCAAUUUAAUAGUCCCACAUUUCAUAUAGGAGUGUAUUGUCAUCACCUCUAUCUGUUGGUCUAUCUACAAUAUUCUUAAACACUGUGUACGGGUUAAAGAUUUGAGAUUUGUUUUUAAAGUUUGCUGGACUUGUUUGUUUAGCCUUAAAGGAGCUAAACCUCUAAAACUCAAUAUUUUACAUAAAAUUCGAAAUUAAAAAAACAAAUUAUAAUUCAAUAUUGGUCUAUUUCAAUCAAUAUUGAUCUUAUCUUAAAAAUUUAGAAUCCUAAUAACCAAUAUUUAAAACAUAAUGAACAUUUUAAAAUCAGUUCACUAGUCAUAUAUUUCAAUGGUUUCCGGCGCCAUUUGUAAUAAACAAAUAAAAACAUAUCUCACAAGAGAAUGUAGAUGUAAUUAGUAAUGGCUAAGUCACAAACAACAAAAUAAUAAUAAUAAAAAAAACGUGUAGAAUGAACUAGGCAGGUGUAAUUCACUAUUUCACCUAACAUAAUUAAUUGAUUAGAAAUUACAAUCAUUUUUUAAAAAUUGAAUAUAAAUCACUUAAAGAUACAUUAUGUGAGAUUUAGAUCCAGAGCUGGCUGUUCUUGCUGUAAUAGUUCAAAAAUUAAUAAUGCAAAAUGAAUAUAUUGAAAAUUUUAUUCAAAUUACUUUUUUCAAAGUUUAGUCUCGCUUCACCAUUUUUAGAUUAAAUCAUUAAAUGGCUGAGCCGUUCUAAUCUACUUAAAUUGGAUCUAUCCAAUGGCAGACUUGAUUAUGGUCUUGUCAUUUUUUAAAUAAAUAUCUUUUAAUAAUUAAUAGUUUAUGUAUCAUUUAAGGCCUAAAGAAACACCUGCAAUAGGCAGAUUUCGCUCUUGCAUAAUGCCUGUUUAAUAUAUUCUUUUAGAUUUUCUCUGGUUCCAAAGAACCGCCACAUACACACCCUUUAUGCUUGGCCUGUUUACGACAUUUUGUAACCACUGUCAGAUCCUACAUAAAUUUACACUUGUUAAUCAAUUUUAUGUGUCUUUAUUGACCCUUAAAACUUGAAAUCAAUCCUUUAAAAUUCAGCCGAUGUAUUAUAUUUGUUGCAUGUUAAUGCUUUGUUGAGCUCGUCAAACAAAUCAUAUCUUGAACUGUGUCAUUGUAAACAACAAUUAUCUCCUCUUCUCCUGUGCCAACUAUUUGUCUCUGUAACACAUAAUUUAAACGAAGAUGAUGGCAUGAAAGCCACAAAAUCUAACUUAAGCCUCACGUACGUAACUAAACUAACGUAUGGGUCUGUCGUUCAGAUUGAAGGUCACAUGGCCGCUGACAACUUUUGUUAACUCAAUUUUACAGUCGGGAAUCAAUAGUAAAAUAUCAUAAAGGUCACAAAAUUUAGGCAGUGCCCCAUUUAAAGUAAAAUUGAUUGAUUUAGAUAAUGUUUUCAUCAUCAAAUUAUAUAGACGCAUGGCCGCAAGAUUGUGCGUUUUAUACGCCUUAAACAUGUUUAUAUGUCGGUUCUUUUGGUCAGAAUUGAUUUUUAUAUCUGGAAUGUUGAGUAAACUAAAUUCGAUUGGAGUUAUUAACAAUACUGUGGAGUCUUAAUUUAAAGGUUUUUCCAGGUGAAUAGCAUCUCACAUGGAACAUGGAAAAUCUCUUUCAAUAUUAAGCUGUGACCAAGUACUGAUAAUAAGAAUCAUGUUAUAACGAGUUAUUUGCCCCUGAAUCGGAUUCAGCCCAGUUAUUUUAUAACUUCGCCGCUUAGUCACAGCUUAAUAUUGAAAGAGCUUUCCCACGUUACGGAUGCCUGAGAAUAGUAUAUGUGUGUAUAUUAUAGGUUUAUGCUCAAUUUUUACAUAGGAAAUUGAUUUAUUGAAAUAAAGUUUGCACUUAA